AUGUCUACUUCGCAAUUAUUACCUUUAGAGCUUAUUGACAAGUGCAUUGGCUCCAAGAUUUGGGUUGUCAUGAAGAAUGAAAAGGAAUUCACUGGCAAGCUUUGUGGAUUCGAUGAUUAUGUCAAUAUGGUUUUGGAAGACGUGACAGAAUAUGAAAGCACCAAGGAUGGAUACAAGACUCAGAAAUUACCACAACUCUUAUUGAACGGAAACAACAUUUGUACUCUGAUACCUGGUGGUGCUGGACCCAUUUAA